UAAAACACCAUGGACUCUUUCAGAUAAACUUGUUCGGACAGCUUUUUACACAGCUAUGUCACUACUUGGUUCCAACACAGCGGAAUGAAGACAGCGAGAUAAAUAAACAAGAAUGUCAGCGUCUUUGGCUAUACCACCGUUGCCCCCUGGGACCAAACCAUUAGCCAAUCAGGUGGCUGGACACAAGNGAAAAUUUUCUGCCACAAAAAAAAUAGGUUGUCUACAACAUGAGGAUGGUACAGUGCUCAAACCUGUCCAGAGCCCGCCGCGUGGUCAGAGGGAAAUGGAAUUUUACACCACCGCCUUCGACGAAAACUGCUCCAACAAAACCCUUCUCAAUCUUCGCCAAUUUGUCCCGCAGUUCUCUGGCAUUGUACAGUGUACCGACAACCCCAGUGUGAGUUACCUGAAGCUUGAGAACCUUAUGUGUCGCCUCAGUAAACCCAGUGUCAUAGACAUCAAGAUGGGCAAGAGAACAUAUGACCCUGAAGCACCUCCAGAAAAAAUUGCACUUGAAGUUGCAAAGUUUCCUCCCGUUAUCAAACUAGGAUACCAACUAUCUGGCAUGCAGGUUUAUGACCCAGAAUUAAAUAAAACAGUGAAAUAUGACAAAUACUACUGUAAAAAACUGUUUGAAGACACCAUGAUAACACACGGAUUAGGGAGGUUCGUUUUGAUUAACAAGGGUAUGAGAAAGGAUGUACUUAGGGUGGUGGUAGAAAAGCUAAAAGAUCUGGAAAGUUGGUUUUCAGAACAAAGGAUAUAUGCUUUCUAUGCUAGCUCAAUUCUGAUUGUGUAUGAAGGCGAAGUCAAACAUAAACCGGACUGCUCGACGGCUGUCAACACUGACCAGACAGAGUCCGAGAAAAACAGGGAAAAUACUCUCAGAUCCAACUCUCCUCACAUGGAAAACGGAGAGGGAGACACUAACAAACCUAUAGACUCCUUGCACAUUGUAAAUGGAGGUGUAGAUGCCAAAAUUUCUUCAAAACUAACCGAGGAUUGUGAGUGCCCUCUAGUGGAAAUACGGAUGAUAGAUUUCACACAUGUUUUUCCCUCACAAGAAUUGGAUAGUAACUACUUGUUUGGUCUCCAAAAUUUGAUCACACAUUUUCAGUGUCUCCUGGAUAUGCCAUCUUGAGACUGGAUUCUACAAUAUACAAUAGUGUUCAAGGUUGGAUAACUCUACUGCGAUUUUUCUGAUCAUGUUUCUACCGUUUCAAAUGUGGAUAAAUUUCUGUGAUUUUAUAUCCGGGUACAUGUCAAUGUUCAAAACAUAUAUUUAUUAUUCAGAAUCAUAUUAUCAAUGUUUUCUACUGACCAUGAUUUUCUACAAUAUUUGUUUCUUUAUUUAUUGUCUUUGAAUAUAUGUUAGUUGUUAUUUUGCAUUUGUUGCAUCUGAGCCUGUGAUUUAUUUCAUAAACAGAUGCUGGCUUGUCUUAUUUCUGCUGGUAUUGUGUAAUAUUCAGGUUGAUGAAACACUUCCAAACAUUGUCAUUCCAUAAUAUGAUUGAUUUUUAUAAUGUUGUAUAUAACAAACCAAACUCUGACCAUGGACUGAAGGUCAAGGUCACAGACACAAUUCCUGUAGGUCAAGGUCAUAGAAAAUGUCACAUAAACUUUGCCUUGUACUAUAUUAUUAGACUAGGGGCUUUUCUCUUACAGUACCUUAUAGUACACAGUACAAAGAAUUAGGAGACUCUUUUUGAUCAUGUCAAAAAUCCCUCUUCUGUUGGUUAUGUCACUUUAAAGAUAUUUGUUUUUUAUAGGAAAAUGUUUUCAUGAGAAAAAGACAGGAAGAAACUGUUAAUCUUUAUGUUCAUUGUAUAAAACCUGUAGACCUGUAAUUAAUUACACUACGGGUAUCACACAUAACGCAAAGACAGGUUUGGGACAAAGAAUACCAUGGUAAUUUAUCACCGCCGCUUACACAAUCAACAAACACGAUUGCCAAAUGAUUAUUAAAUAAGGUUACACAAUGACCCUGACCCAAGGUGUGCAAACCAAGUUCAAGGUCAUGCGAUAACCUUGAUACAUGCCUUACAUGUUAAUUAUGUAAUGUUACGCAAUAUAUUACAAAAAGAUUUCCAUGGUUCUCCAACUAGCUACUAACUAUAUGCUAUUACAAAUGUAAACACAAUUUAGAACAAUGGGAGGGUGGGAGGGAGACAAAAUGCCAGGGCUGUGUGUGGCGAGUGCUGCAACACGUCUGCUAGCGACCAUGUAAAUUUCUGGAGUGAUGCUUUUGAAAAAUAGCAGCUAUCUUGAAAAGGAGGCUGACCACUGGUCAGUGCUCGCUGAUUGGCUGCCUGAGACAAACAUAUAAGUAGUAGCCCUCCUGCAGUAAGACUAAAGGGGGACCGAAUGCAUUUACUGGGUAAGAUAGAAACCUUCCCAAUGCCUGGCAGAUGACUCCCUCCUCCCUGAAUUAAUACACUAUUAAAUCUUAAUA